AUGGCCGACACAACGACCAAACAGACGUUUGCGGGGCCUAGCAAGGCCAUCCAGACCAAAUAUCCGCUCAUUGAUAAUGACCCGCAUUUCAAGCGUGUGGUCGGAUAUGCCAGAACCUCCGAUUAUGUUGCUGGAGGUGCAGCCGCUGCUUUCGCUCCGGUAGCACUCGCUACACUCGAGAGGUUUGCGCCCUCGCACGCCGGAAAGGGCGGUUUCCCCAAGGCCAUGCGCCUCGCCGGAUUCAUCGGUCUGGCCGGUGGUUUCCUCUACUUCUACCAGCGCUCAGCCCUGCGAUUCUACGGUGCGACUGAGAAUGCCAGGGAGGUCGAGCUGGACAUGCGCGAGAUGGUGGACCGGGUCAAGAAGGGAGAGACGCUAUACGGCGAGAGCAAGUUGACUCCCCACAUGCAGGGCGUUGCGGCCCGCCAGAGCAGAUACUCAGCGCUCUUCAUGGGCGUUGUGCCGUGGUUCAACUUCGUCAACCACAACCAGCACGGUGUUGAUACCGCCAAGUACUACCAGCAGGCGGAGCGGGAGCUGGAGGCGGAGCGCCAGGCCAAGGCAUAG